CUGUGCCCACCUGACCUGCCGCUUCUGUGCCCGCCUGCCGCUGCCUGCGCCAACCUGACCCGCCGCUGCCUGUGCCCACCUGACCUGGCGAUUGAUUGCUCCUCCAGCCACUGAUGGUGGGCUUCUCUCAGGUCAAGAUGAAGAAAGUUAGACAGUAUUUCACAAAGGCCCUACAUCGCAUGCAGAAGGGUCCAGGUUACACCUAUAAAGAACUACUGGUCUGGUUCUGCAAUAACACCAAUACUCAUGGACCGAAGCGAAUUAUCUCGGAAGGACCCAAAAAGAGGGUGUUGUGGUUCCUCUUGACCCUAUUUUUCGCCGCUCUUGUCUUCUGGCAGUGGGGCAUUCUCAUACAGACGUAUCUGUCCUAUGGGGUUAGCGUGUCUCUCUCCAUAGGCUUCAACUCCAUGGUAUUUCCCGCUGUGACCGUCUGCAAUGCCAAUCCUUUUAAAUACUCACGCGUGAAGCCGCACUUGCGUGAGCUGGAUGAGCUGGUUGCCACAGCUUUAGACCGGAUCCAGUUCUCCAGCCAAAGGGAUCUCGGUGCAAUGACUCCAGCAAACAUAAGCCAAAAUGAGACCAUUGACCCCAGUUUGUGGAAUUACAUGCCACUAGUGGUUAUCGACGAAAAUGACCCAGACAAUCCAUUGGUUUAUAACAUCUUUGAUAGCAGCACAAAUUAUUCUCGGGUUACCGCCAAAGACAACCAAACUGCAUAUGCUGAGAGAUUUAAAGUGGCCAUUCAACUGUGCACCAACAAUGGGAAGCAAUGUGAAUACAAGAACUUUACCAGUGGCAUCCAAGCCAUACGGGAAUGGUAUCUUCUGCAGUUUUCCAGUAUCUUCUCAAAAAUACCAUUAGAAGACAAGAUUGAAAUGGGCUACAAGGCAGAAGAAAUGAUCCUCACCUGCAUGUUUGGAGGAGACACCUGCAGUUACAGGAAUUUCACACAUAUUUACGAUCAGGACUAUGGAAAUUGCUAUAUCUUCAACUGGGGUCAAGAAGGUCAAGAGUUAUUGGUAUCCGCUAACCCAGGAGCAGAAUUCGGACUGAAGAUGGUUCUUGACAUUGACCAGGAAGAAUACAUUCCAUUUCUCCAGACCACCGCCGCUGUCAGACUUAUUCUCCACCAGCAGAGAAGUUUCCCGUUCCUGAAGGACCUGGGGAUUUAUGCCAUGCCUGGGACAGAGACCUCCAUAGCUGUUCAAGUGGACCAGACGGAGCACUUAGAGGCUCCAUACUCCUCAUGCACAAUGGAUGGCUCUGAUAUUCCAGUGCCAAAUCUCUAUGAAAAGUAUAACAGUUCCUACUCAAUCCAGUCUUGCCUGCGUUCGUGUUUCCAGGAAGGGAUGGUGGGACAGUGUAACUGCGCUCACUACUUGUUUCCACUUCCGGAUGGGGCCCAUUACUGCAACAACAAGGAAGAUCCGGACUGGGUGUCCUGUUAUUACAAGAUGAAAGACUCUGUGAUGGAGAGAGAAAAGUGUAUUAAUCUUUGUCAGCAGCCAUGCAAUGACAGUAACUAUAAAAUGACCAUCUCCAUGGCUGAAUGGCCCUCCGCUGCAGCAGAGGACUGGAUUUUUCAUGUUCUUUCUUAUGAAAAAGAAAGCAGCGAGAAGAUAAUUGUGAACAGAAAUGGUAUCAUCAGACUGAACAUAUACUUCCAGGAAUACAAUUACCGCAGUGUUUCAGAUUCUGCAGCCACCGAUGUGGUGUGGCUUCUGUCGAACUUGGGUGGACAGUUUGGAUUCUGGAUGGGAGGCUCAGUCCUAUGCAUCAUUGAGUUUGGAGAAAUCAUUAUAGACUGUCUUUGGAUCACCAUACUCAAGCUUCUCGCUUGGCACAGAUUAAGAAAAGAGAAGAAACGACGCCCUGAGUACGCCGAUCCACCGCCCACGGUGUCUGAGCUGGUGGAAGGAUACAUUAACCCAGACUUCCAUCAUGAAGAUCUAGAGCCUAUGCCUAUACCAGGCACCCCACCUCCGAAGUAUGACUCCCUUCGGCUGCGACAGAUGAAUGAUGCAAUUGAAGUCAUAUCUAGUGAUGAAGAACAAUAACUUUAUUUUAUUUUGUAAUUACAAUUAACACCCAUUACUAAUCAAUCACCUUCACGAAAUCUACUAGUACCAAAAAUUCUUAUUAUAUAUUUUUGGGGAGAAAUAUAGUAUUUUUAGAAAAAAAUGAAGCUCCAUUAGGGGUCAUUUUUCAGUAUUGAUCUACCCAAGUGUUUAAAGUGAUUUGAAAUAUAUUUUCUUAGUCUUCUACAGGUCUGUAUAUAGUGUUACUUGACAAAUCUCAGGAGCCAGGUUGCCAGUAUUCCUAGCAAUUUCCUUCUGCCACACAAAUUUUUGGUCGCUUUCCAUUGAUGUCUGUUCUACUGAAACCAGGUUCUAUAGUGUCUUAACUGGCUUUUGUAAUUUGUCUACCCCAGUGUAAAGUACCCCCUGUCUAUAUGCUACAUUAGGGCAUAUGAAUGUUAUACAUGGGGUCCAACACUUAGGACCCCCUUUAUAAACUAGAUCAGAGUGCUGCUGAAGAAGUAUGGCUCGCUCUCUAAAGGACUCUGUCUUGUCACCUGUUACACUGUUGGCCAUAUAUCUGGAUGUGCUUCAUGGAAAUCUACAUUUCCCCAGGUGGGAUACUACUGAGAAAGUGUAUGGCCAACCUAAACUGCCCCAGAGACAUCCAGGAGACGCACCAGCAAUGACCUUCUGAUCAAUGAGGUUUCUGAUGGCAAUGGGGUUUCCUCGAUGAGACAGUUUCUUUAAAGGGAACAGGUCACUUAGUUUUGGGCCACUAAACCACCAAAACACCAUCAUGGAGAUGAAGUUUGGGGUCCCAAACCUGCCCAUAUCAAACCCAUCUGUACCCACAAAGAAAAGUGAAUGAACAUCAAACUUACCAGGAGAAAAGUCCAGGACUCACUGUUCAGCGAUGUGCGGUGUACCGUCAACCGGCUUCAUCGGAUGCUGCUGGCCAAGAGUCCUGGACUCUUCUCCCGUUUGCAUUCACUAUUUUUUGUGGGGACAGAUGAGAACCUAAACAACCAACUGCACAAUGGUGUGCUCACGGUUAAGCGAUUCCCCUAAAGUAGGUGUGCACAAACUGCGGCCUGGGGUCCACAUGUGGCCCCAGCUACCAGGAAGCACACAUACAUACCAGUGUCUCAGUAGUCCUGAAAAACAUGGCAGUCGAAUUUUGUCUGUUCCUGUAUUCUCCUGAUAGAUGGGAAUCCCGGAAGUGAAACCCUCACCUGUCAGACACUUAUGGGAUACACUGUUAAUAUGCCAGAAUGUCUCUAAUGGAACACCCCUCUUAGUUUUUUUGUGGCCCUUGUGAAAUGUACAAUCUGAGACUGAGAACAAAAAAAAAAGUUCUGCAGCCCUACCUUAAAGGGUUUGGUUGACAGGUAUUGGUGAUAUCUACCACACUACUUUGUUUCUCCUAAAUUUAAAGGGCAUCUGUCAGCAGUUCUGUACCUAUGACACCGGCUGACCUGUUACAUGUGCGCUUGGCAGCUGAUGACAUCUGUGUUGGUCCCAUGUUCAUAUCUGCCCGCAUUGCUGAGAAAAAUGAUGUUUUAAUAUAUGCAAAUGAGCCUCUAGGAGCAACGGGGGCGUUACCAUUACACCUAGAGGCUCCGCUCUCUCUGCAACUGCCUCUGCACUUUAUUGGGCCAGACAGCGUAAACUUGAUCAUGCCUGGCCGUGUCAAAGUGCAGGGGAUGUGGCAGUUGCAAAGAAAGCUGAACCUAUAGGAGUAACAGCAACGCCCCCGUUGCUCCUAGAGGCUCAUUUGCAUGUAUUAAAACAUCCUUUUUCUCAGCAAUGCGGGCACAUAUAUGUACAUGGGACCAACACAGAUGCCUUCAGCUGCCAAGCGCACAUGGAACAGGUCAGCCAGUGUCAUAGGUACAAAUCUGCUGGCACAUGAUUAGAAAAGCAUGGCUGCUUUCCUCCAAAGUACCACACCUGUCCACAGGUUGUCUCAGGUACUACAGCUCAGCCCUACUGAAGCACUGGUUCUAAUCCUGUACAAUACCUUUAGGCAGGUGUCACAGGAGAUGCAUAUACUGUUACCUUCAGUAUACGGUAUACAGAGCAGGAGAUUCAGAAUCUGACCGUGCAGAAAUUCUGAUAGUCCGGCUCUUGUUUCUGGCACAAAACUUAGAACCAUCUAAAAGGUAAAAAGUAAUAGAAGAAGACUCCUCAGAAAUGGCCAAUGAUAAGACUCCUCCAUAAGCGGUGAUAGAAGCAUAUACUAUAUAUUAAUGAAGAUUUUGUACUUUUAGGAGUACGUUUUAUAGCCUUUAUCUGUAUGACUACUUGAUUAGCCAGAAUAUGUGAUCAUCCAACGCUGGGUCCCAUUCCUUGGUUGGCGUCCAGCUCUAUUGGGGAACAUUUCUAAAGUGAGGUCAUUUUGACAAAAGGUUUUUUUUUUAUAUGUUUCAUUGUCUUUGUAAAUGUAUUCUUUUCUAUUUUCCGAAUUCUAAAUAAAAAAAAAUUCUUGAAAUCCAGCACGUGCUACGUUUCC